AUUAAAGCACAGGCUGAGAGAGAGAGAGAGAGGAGGAGGAGGAGAAGGCGCACUGCUGGGACGCUCCUGCCGCCGUGCGCGCUCACAUGGAGGGGGCUGAGGCGCGCCUGAGCUCUUAAUCGCGUCCCGUCCGUCCGUCCAGUCCAUCCGUCCUUCUGCGUAAAGUGUGGAGGCUCUGCGUCCGAAUGGGUUCCGCGCUGGUGGGCCACAGCGUGGGCUUCCUGCUCCUCAGCUCGCUGCUCAGCGUCCUGUGCACUCUGGUCGAGGCUGAUGACGUCCUCACUAAAGAAGAGCAGAUUUAUGUGCUGUUUAAUGCCAAGAGGAAGUGUGAGCGGGCCAUCAAAUCCAAACCCAGAAUACCCGAGGGUUACUGCGUGCCUGAGUGGGAUGGAAUCGUUUGUUGGCCUGAAGGUGCUCCUGGAAGAACCGUCUCCACUUCUUGCCCUGAAUACAUCUAUGACUUUAACCAUAAAGGCCAGGCCUACAGGAGGUGUGACCUGAAUGGAAGUUGGGAAGUGGCCACGAGUAACAAGACCUGGGCCUACUACAGCGAGUGUUUCCACUCGAGCAAGUUCCUCAGCCACUACAACCAGAGCCAGGAGAGGGAGGUGUUCGACCGGCUCUACCUCAUCUACACCAUCGGCUACUCCAUCUCCCUCGGCUCACUCAUGGUGGCUGUGGUCAUCUUAGGAUACUUCCGGCGGCUGCACUGUACCCGGAACUACAUCCACAUGCACCUGUUUGUGUCCUUCAUGCUGAGGGCCAUUAGUAUCUUUGUGAAGGACGUGGUGUUGUACUCUGGAGCAGCGCUGGAGGAGAUGGAUCGGGUCACCGUGGAGGAUCUAAAGUCCAUCACCGAGGCGCCGCCUGCCAACAAGGCUCAGUUUGUGGGCUGUAAGAUUGUGGUCACACUCUUCUUGUACUUUCUUGCCACAAACUACUACUGGAUCUUGGUGGAGGGCCUGUAUCUGCACAGCCUCAUCUUCAUGACCUUCUUCUCCGACAGGAAGUACCUCUGGGGCUUCACUCUGAUUGGAUGGGGUGUUCCAGCCAUGUUUGUGACCGUGUGGGCCAGCGUCCGAGCCACUCUGGCCGACACUGAGUGUUGGGACCUCAGUGCAGGCAACCUGAAAUGGAUUGUUCAAAUCCCCAUUCUGACAGCCAUCGUGGUCAAUUUCUUGCUGUUCCUGAACAUCAUUCGAGUUCUGGCAACGAAGCUCCGAGAAAGCAAUGCGGGGCGAUGCAACAGCAGGCAGCAGUACAGGAAGCUGUUGAAGUCCACACUGGUCCUGAUGCCGCUGUUUGGCGUCCACUACAUCGUGUUCAUGGCCAUGCCGUACACAGAGGUGUCCGGUGUGCCCUGGCAGAUACAGAUGCAUUACGAAAUGCUCUUCAACUCCUUCCAGGGCUUCUUUGUUGCUAUUAUAUACUGCUUCUGCAAUGGAGAGGUCCAGGCAGAGAUUAAGAAGUCGUGGAGCAGGAGGACCCUAGCGCUGGACUUUAAGAGAAAAGCCCGCAGUGGCAGUAACACGUACAGUUAUGGGCCAAUGGUUUCUCACACCAGUGUUACCAACGUGACGGCUCGCGGGCCGCUGGCUCUUCACCUGACCACCCGGCUGGGGCCGGUCACCAACGGCCACCGGAACCUGCCAGGCUACGUAAAGAACGGCUCUGUUUCAGAACAGUCAAUCCCCUCCUCCGGCCAGGAGGUCCACAUCCAGGAGGAGGAGCCGUCAAAGAGUGUCCAGGAGGACAACAAACCUACACCAUUGGUGGAGGAGGAGAGGGAGACGGUCAUGUGACCCUGGGAGCUUCAGUAGAGGCCAUGUGACUUCCAGAACUUUGGAUGAGGUCACACUCCAGGAGCUUCGGUAAAGGUUUUAUGACUUUGGUAACUUCAGCUGAGGUCAUGUGACCAUGAAAGCUUCUGCUAAGGUCAUUUGAGUCUGGGAGCUUUAGCUGGGGUCAAGUCAGGGUCUUUCAGUGGUCAUGUGACUGGGACCGUUUGCAGAAGUCACAUGACUCUGGAAGCUUCAGCAAAGAAAAUGGAUGCUGCGUGUUUAUUGUAAGCUUUAGACUGAGAUAAAGAGCGAAAGAAGAGCCUUCAUUCCUCAGGAUGUCCUUCAGAGCUGGAGUUUGCUGACCUGCAGCUAAAAAUAAUGGCUAAAGGCUUAAGGCUAAAGGUCAAAUGUGACGAUGGCUGUCUUUUAAACGAGCCCUCAGGUCCUCAAUGGCCGAAAAGGAACUAUGGAGACCAGGCCGACGUUACCAGCAGCAUUUGGAGGAUAAAAAUCAGACUUUUUUUUCUUUUGUUUUCUGAGAAAUUCUGUUGCGGAUUAGCUGUAAUGCUAAUAUGUAAUAUACUGUAUGUAUAUUUGAACAUGUGGUGCAUUUUGAAGGAAAAACAAGCAGGUCAGCUUUCAGGUUCAUCUCAUCUCCAUUGAAUAAGACAUUGUUGAGCUUCUCAUGAGCUUAAUCUGUUGGGUGUUUGAGUUAAAGUGAUAAUAAAGUGAUAAGUCAUAAUUUCCCUCCUUGCCCCAAAAGUCAAAGAUCAGCUGAGAUAUGUUUGUACUGAACAUACUGAAUACUUUAGUAAGGAAUUUUAAUUUAGUCUCGUUCUUAGCUGCAGGCAAUGCAUUGUAGCAAAGUAAACUCUACUAAAACCUCUCAGGUUCAACACGGCUGCAAAUAACCAGUCUUUAUCGUAGAAGAACUUUGAGUCUGGACUACAGAGCUAAAGCGUUUCAGGCAGUAACCACAGUGUUUAGAGGAAAGAGGCAAGCGAACUGGAAUGGUUGGCUAGCAUGUAGUUUACACAGCACGUAUGUUAGCUAGCUUGUGUGACAGCUAGUCCUUUUGAAGUUUUUGCAAAAUUAGCAAUUGCACUAGCGAGCAUGCAUGCUACCUACACGACCAGGUUAGCAAGCAGAUACCCCUGCAGGCACAGGACGUCAAUUUGACAUCAGAAAGUCUCCAACGUUGGGCAGACGUUGAAUUUUGGCUAAAAAUGAAAAUCUGACUGACACCAAAACCCAACGUCGGCUUGACGUCAACCCUCGAUGUUGGAGACGUUGGAUUUUGGUUACGUUACAUCACAACUUAAUACCAACAUAAUAUCAAUGUCAGCUAACGUCAUUAUUCUACGUCAAAAUUAGACGUUGUCUGAAUGUUGGAUUUUGGUCAUCCAACAUCACGACCAACAUUCAACCAGAUGUCAACGUCUUUUGACAUUGGUGGCCAGCUGGGAUGGUAUCCCAUUCUUUUACAGUCCCCUAAGUUCUGCAUAUUAACCAGGUAAGUGUGGGGUACAAACUCAA